AGAAGGAAGAAGGAAGAAGGAGAGAGAGAGAGAGAGAGAGAGAAGUUGGCAUCAUCGUCGUCUCUCUUUCUUUUUCUUCUCUUCUCGUGAAAUCUCAAAGAUUCAUCACCUUCGGGUAAAGUUUUUGUUUCUUCUUGGAAAAUUCUGCUCAAAACGAUGAAUGUGAUGCGUAGAUUGACGAGUAUGGCUUCUGGACGCAGUUUCGUCACUUCUGAUAACGUAGGAGAAGACGAGACGCCAAGAUCGAAGAAGCUUAACAAAACUCGUGAAGAUAUAGAGUCUACGGAAGCGGCUACGUACGAGAGAGGUUCUACUUGUUUAGAAGAUGAUAAGACACGAGAAGAAUCUGUCUCCACGAGAGAGAAUUCUCAUUCAAUACCUAAAGAAAUGGAAAACGGUGGUGAUGACAAGGAUUCGGACAGUGGAAUCAUCAAGGGCAAUGGGACAGAGUCUGGUCGGAUUAUUACCACCACAAAGAAGGGUCUGAAUGAUCAGAGAGACAAGACCAUCUCUUACAGAGCUGAGCAUGUCAUUGGCACUGGCUCAUUCGGUGUUGUCUUUCAGGCUAAGUGUUUAGAGACAGAAGAAAAAGUAGCAAUCAAGAAAGUGUUGCAAGACAAGAGAUACAAAAACAGAGAGCUUCAGAUCAUGCGAAUGCUCGACCAUCCUAAUGUCGUUGAGCUCAAGCAUUCUUUCUUCUCAACCACUGAGAAAGACGAGCUUUAUCUUAACCUUGUUCUUGAGUAUGUACCAGAGACUAUAUACCGUGCAUCAAGAUCUUUCACCAAGAUGAAUCAGCAAAUGCCCUUGAUUUUUAUUCAGCUCUACACAUAUCAGAUUUGCCGCGCAGUGAACUAUCUACAUCGAGCUCUUGGAGUGUGUCACCGUGACAUUAAACCACAAAAUCUAUUGGUGAAUAAUGUUACACAUGAGGUGAAGAUAUGUGACUUUGGAAGCGCGAAAAUGCUGAUUCCUGGAGAACCAAAUAUAUCUUACAUAUGCUCAAGGUAUUACAGAGCUCCAGAACUCAUCUUUGGAGCAACUGAAUACACAACCGCUAUUGAUAUGUGGUCUGUAGGCUGUGUUAUGGCUGAACUUUUUCUUGGACAUCCUCUGUUCCCUGGAGAGACUAGUGUUGAUCAAUUGGUGGAGAUAAUUAAGAUUUUGGGGACACCAGCAAGAGAAGAGAUAAAGAACAUGAAUCCUCGUUACAAUGAUUUCAAGUUCCCACAGAUAAAACCUCAGCCAUGGCACAAGAUUUUUAGGAGACAGGUACCUCCUGAAGCAUUGGAUCUUGGCUCUAGACUUCUCCAGUACUCACCAAACCUGAGAUGCUCAGCUCUUGAAGCAUGUGCACACCCGUUCUUCGAUGCUCUAAGAGACCCCAACGCAUCCUUGCCUAAUGGAAGAGCACUUCCUCCCUUGUUUGAUUUCACAGCUCAAGAAUUGGCUGGUGCAUCUGUUGAACUGCGUCAUCGCUUAAUCCCUGAGCAUGCAAGGAAAUGACUACUACUUCUCUACACAUGUUCUUGUUCACUUACCUCUGCAACCACUAGGACUAGUAGUUAAAAAGUGUAAUAAUCUAUAAGUUUGCAACUUUGUAGCUUCCAUUGUUGUAUACAGAUGCAGAAUUUUCCAA